AUGAGCCAGGGUCUUCAUUCUAGGCUGGAGCAGUUGAUUGGGCUGCUGGAUAAUGUUCAAAUCUCGGCUGGUGCGGCUCGGUGGAAGUGGACUGCUGAUCCGACAGGGAACUUCUCGGUUAAAUCGGUAAAAAAGUUGCUAAAAGAUGAUCUCAGUCAGGUUAAUGGAUUUGUUUUCGAAUGGAGCAAGUGGAUUCCGGCCAAAGUUAAUAUUCAUGUGUGGAGGAUGGAGUUAAAUAAAAUCCCAAGUGCAGAUGCAUUGAAGAAAAGAAAUGUGGUUAUUGUCGAUUCGACGUGCCCUCUUUGUAGCUCGGAAGAAGAAUCAGUCGACCACCUGUUUUUAGCUUGCUUCGUUGCUUCGAACGUAUGGAAUGGAGUUAGCUCUUGGUGUAAUAUCCCUAAUAUUUUUGCGUUUUCCCUUCAUGAUCUCCUUUCGAUUCAUAGUAACAUCGGGAUGUCGGAAAGGAAAAAGGAGGCGGUUAAAGGUAUUAUCAUAAUCGCUUGUUGGAGCAUUUGGCGUGCAAGGAAUAACCUCAAAUUCUCAAGCUCGUCGGCUAGAAUUGAAGAUAAUAUUAGUGAAAUAAAGGUUUUAAGUUUUCUUUGGUAUUCGAAUAGAACGAAACACAGGGAUUUAGAUUGGAAGGAUUGGUGCUCAUUUGUAAAUAUGUAA